AUGUCGUACAGUUCUGCCCAUCACAUGCCAUACGAUGCUUCUUCCUCAAACUCAUCGCAUGUCAAUGCCGGUGCCUUUGGCCGACAUCAAAGAUCCCAAAUCGCAAGGCCGGUCAAUCGUACACCCGUGAACCACACUCCUAGGGCUAGAACGCCGUCAUUCUCAGAUGUCGAAGAUACUGGUCCGGUACCAGCAUCUUCGGGUAUCAAGCGAUCUACGAGCCGUGGAAAACGCUUGUCCAUGCUUCCGCGCCCCAGUUUUGGUAGUACGACGUUGCCAGCUACACCGGUCCCUGCCCCCUCACAGUAUUCCAACCAACCCGUCCCCUCAUCACUUUCGAGCCCGGAGAUCAACAACCACUCACUCCUCGCCGCUGGACAACAGCUAUCCCCAUUAAAACGAGCACGGAACGUUCUUCGAAGGAGGGCGCCGACUAUAGGAAAACAUGUGGAGCAACUGCAUUCUAACAAGCUUAGCCUUGUCAUCCCACAAGAGCCUCAAGCUCCCGGGAUGAACAAUGUUUCGAGUCACGGGAGUUCGACAUCCUCAAUCUCAGCGCAUUUGGGUUCCUCAAAUAUACCAAACAGGAACAGGAGCAGUGUGACAGUCAACGUGUCGAGCUCUAACGUUCAUACCCCAGAAGAGCUCGCCAGUCUUCGAACGACAGUGGAUACGCAGAAUUUGCCACCUCCGCCCACGCCUUUUCUUUCAGCAAGUAGUCCCUCGACAAGAUACUCGGAGUCUCCAAGUAUCUGGAGCCGGGGCUCCACUCCAACUUCAUUAUCGUCGUACUCCCCAGGUAUUGUGCACUCCUCGAAGAUUGGUCGUCUCAGACAACCGAGCCCAUCCCAAACGAGAUUGCCAUUCCUCUCCCCCACGACGGCAAAUGCAAGCCCGCAGCGAGAAAGAGUGGAUCCGCAGACACAAAAGCGGCCACGUCCAAUAAUGUAUUCUAGCUCAAGCUCAGGAGAAACCGUCAAAGAUCAGCCAGUGCAAACAACCAAAUCUGCCUCGGAUCUCACCAAAGGUCCCCCACACAGCCCACCGACGAGAAAGUCCUCAGUAAAUUUCAGCCCUCCAACGGCUACGGACAUCGACGUUGAGAAAGCUCGAAGAGAGGUGGAGGAAGCUGAGCGACGCUUGUUUGAUCCGCAAGGGAUGAUGGAAUGUUCCCCCACACGUAGUGCGGACAUACCGCAGAGUCCACCACGCCCCAGCAGAGAUGGGACGCAUCAUCUAGAGCUUGAACAAUCACCGAUUGUUCGAAGCAACCUACGGUAUCUCCGAACGACUGGCCACACAAGACGCGAGUCGAUUGAAAAGAUCUCAGCGACCCAGCUGCCACACCCAACUCCUAACAAGUCUGCCACUGCAUCAAUCGAUUCGCUGCAAUCAAGGACGGUAUCGCGAGUUUCCUCUCGGGAUAGCGCAUCUCCAGUACUUUCCAGAAAUUCGCCUCGACCAUUGGUGAAGGGGGCCCCUAAAGACAAGCCAAAUUCCAAACAGAUACAACCGCCAAAGCGAUUCGGCCUCUUCACAAAGAAGUCAAAGCCGGAUAUGUCGGAGAACACGAUAGAGCAAGCCCGAGCCACUCGCAAAGGUCCAGCUGCGGGAACAGGACAUGAGGGCUAUGGAAAAUAUGGACAACGCGGCCGCAAAACCAGCGGUAGCAGUAGUAGCGAUACGAGGACCAGAUCAACUAGCACGACACGGAGUGUCACAAGCAAGGGGAGCCAGUCGAGUCGUCCUGAAUUUGAGAUUGAUGAAUUCUUAAUGAGCCGUCUGGAACCUGUCAUCAUCAAUGGUGGCGGAUUAGAUGGUGCAUCUUUGUCACGCACUCAAAGUGAACAGAGUACCAGCAGCGUGAGCGUUGCGUCAAGCUCGAACUUGGAUCGUCGUCCCCCAUUAUUAUACUCAACAGGCCAGUCCACUGACUCGCUAGCAACUUCUACGGGCACAUUUGGUGAGACUCUCACGCCGAGCCUUUCUAAAGGGAUUGAACCGUCACCAAGCAAGAGUCCUGAGAACAAGUUUAACUCUGUUGAUCGUCCGCAUCACUCAAAGUCACGCAUGCCAGUUCCAAGAGGGAGGGGAAACAGUCUAUUCUCAAAUGCUCGGGCAGCUGUGACAAAUUCGUCUCUCCAUAUCCAUGAAUCCGGUACCCUCCCCUCAGAACGACCAAAGCAUGUUCAAAAGUCCCCGGAGAAAGCCUCAAAGCCCGAGCAUGCCGACAAACAAGACGCGAAGAAAGGAAAACAUUCUAUGUGGAACUUCUUCCAGAAGAACCGUAGCAUUGAGCAAAAUGCAUCAAGUCCUCAAGCAAGUCAAACCGCCAAACUUCAUGCAGCGAUCUCGCCGGUGGUGAAUAAUCGGUCUGUUGCCCAUUACGCAGUAGUGGAUGCCGAUUCGGACGAGCUUGAAGAAAUCAUCAACGAAGUCGAAGACUCACCCCUCACAGAAGAGGAAAAAUUAUUCAAGCCAGUAGAAGUUCCAAGGAGCUUGGAUAUGAGAAAAAGACAUCCUUCGAUUCUGUUGCCAUCUCCACCAAAGAUGCAUAGCGAGUUUGAAAAGGACGAUCGCCCAUCCCCGAGGACCGCCAUGUUCAAUCGUAACCUUAUGGCCCCGGAAGUCGAAAUAUCCCCAGGAAAACGCCCGAGAAGAUUGGCCUCUAUAGGUCGAAUCCCACAGGUAGUUUCAACACGCGACAGAGAACAUCAUCCCCCCAUGCAGUCAUUCUCGCGCCCGUUUAGCGCUGUUGAGUCCUCCCCUCUCACGAUUCCGACGACAAAAGGUCUAUCCGAAUCCCCACCAGUCAUCAGUGCGCCGUUGGAUCUAGGAAUUGGACCUGGCGACAGCCCUGAAUGGGGCCGUGGCUUCAACCCUACUUUCAGUGCUUCUGAGGAUACCAGCGCUUUGGAGUUUCUUGCUGGGCCAUUCUCAACCUACGAGUUCCUUCAAUUUAUGCCAAAGAAAGGCUCAACAUCAUCGGAUAGCUCCGGGGCUUUGGCCGCAGUUACAGCUGUGGCCCCGGUUCCAGGCUCUCCACCGACUGAGGACGAGGUAUGGAAUGAGUAUGAUGAUCUCAUUGAUAACGUUCUCUCGCCGGACGAAUCAAAACCCGAAGAUCCAAUUGAAUCUGAAGAAGAAGACCGAUUUGGGCUUGCGACAAUGGCAAGCAGGGCCCUUCAGGACGAGUUAAAUAAUGCUAGCCACCCUCAGUCGGUGCUUGGUGAGACUUCAGCCCGGUCAAGUGGCAGUUCAGUUCAUCUUCGACGCUCGCGAAUAGUCUCGGCUUUGCAGUCAUCUACCGCUCCUUCGUCCCAGCCGUCCUACAGCGACAUUACUGCUAAACACAGGAUCUCAAUUGAGGAUAAAGACCCACAGACUUCUACUGCACAGCCUUCGGCGGUUGAUCCGCGCUGUGAACAACAGUCUACAUUUCUUCACUCGCUUGCUGCCGUUCCCUCGCCUCGGCCAAAGUUUCGUCGCGAGCAAGAAUCUGCAUCCCCAGAGCGGGAGUGGGAUAUAGUAACAAGAACCAACAUGCGAUCUGCUUCGCUCAUGACUAGUCGCUGGUUGACUUUUGGUCGAGUCCUUUUUAGCCCGGCACAUAAUCAUGUCAAGGCGGGAGGUCAAGGGCGAAUUCUGGUGGUCGACGGACUAGGAAAUGACGACUGGUCUUUCUACUGUUCCUUAAACUAUCCUGAUGCUGAGGUCUACUGCCUUGGUGGACGUCCAGUAUCCACUGCGCCUCCCCAUCCCGCUGCACUGCAGCCUCCUACCAACCAUCACACUGUAUACCAUGCGGGUUUGGGUAAUCCCCUCCCAUUCCCAAAGGAUUACUUCACAGUCGCCGUGCUGCGCUUUCCUACUGUAUGCUCCGAGGCCGUCCAGAGCAAUAUCAUCCAGGAAUGCAAACGAGUUCUCCGCACUGGAGGGUAUCUCGAGAUGAGCCUUAUCGAUCGGGACAUCUUUAACAUGGGUCCCUAUACGCGUAAAGCGGUCCGCCAACUCAAAGAAAUGACGUACCUUUCAGACUCAACCCUCAGUCUCAAGCCAACCAGUGACAGCGUACAGCGCGAACUUGGCGCACAGGGCUUCGAUAGUCUCCGCCGCUGCAUGGUCCGGAUCCCAGUCGCAGGCAUGAUCGUCCGCUCCUCCGACUCCACCUCAUCAACCCGCUCCAUCUCGACAGCCACCCCUUCCACCACAUUCUCGAUACCCACCAUAUCCGUCACUACCGCAGGUAGCCAGAGCACGGGAGCUACCUCAAAGUCACCCUCAAACGAUGCGAACAUCUCACUCGGCGAUCUGCUUUCCGACCCAUCUCCAUCCCCGGCAAACGACGAGUCAAUCGCAAAGAUUGUUGCUCGUGUCGGACGCUGGUGGUAUUCGAAAUGCUACGAAGAUCCGGUUUUCUCGACUGGAGACACUGAUCGGAGCAUCUGGAAUGACCGCAAAGUUCUCCGGGAGUGCCAGAAGCAUGGCAGCGGAUUCAGCAUGUUCAUCGCCUACGCCCAGAAGCCUAGCCAGGUUCCGCGGCGCACGGCGAGUGUAUAA